AAACACACUUGAUCUUCUCUAGCUAAAACCCCUAAAAUAUAAACAUAUCAAAGAUGAAUUUUGUUAGAUCAUUGUGCGUUUUCAUUACCUUCCUCAGUUGUAUAGUCAUCUCGGUCCAUGGCCAAGCUGCCGCAAGGCCCGGUCCUGGUUCUGGCACGAGGAUAGGGUUUUACUCAACCACAUGUCCUAACGCCGAAACCAUUGUCCGAAACGCCGUGACAGCUGGAUUCAGCUCUAACUCUAGAAUCGCACCAGGAAUACUAAGAAUGCAUUUCCACGACUGCUUCGUCCAAGGCUGUGACGGUUCCAUCCUUAUAACGGGAACUAACACCGAGAGAACAGCCGUUCCGAACCUCAACCUCCGUGGAUUUGAAGUCAUAGACAACGCCAAAACCCAGCUCGAAGCUGCUUGCCCUGGCGUCGUCUCUUGUGCUGAUAUUUUAGCUUUAGCCGCUCGUGACUCCGUUGUCCUCACAAGAGGAACAAGUUGGCCCGUACCAACUGGACGUAGAGAUGGUCGAGUUUCUUUGGCUUCGAACGCUAAUAAUCUCCCUGGUCCCGGUGAUUCCGUCGCCGUUCAACAACAGAAGUUCUCCGCUUUGGGACUCAGUACCCGCGAGCUCGUCGUCCUGGUCGGAGGACACACGAUCGGAACAGCGGGAUGCGCUACAUUCAGGAACAGACUAUUCAACAGCACCACAGGCCCUGCCGAUCCAACCAUUGACCCGACGUUUUUGGCGCAGCUUCAGACACAAUGUCCCCAAAACGGUGAUGCCAGCGUACGCGUUGAUCUCGACACCGGAAGUGCAGCCACUUUUGACACUUCCUAUUUCAACAACCUAAGCCGUGGCCGUGGAGUCCUCCAAUCCGACCAGGUCCUCUGGACCGACCCCGCAACUAGACCCAUUGUGCAACAGUUGAUGAGUCCUAGAAGCACCUUCAACGCUGAUUUUGCCAGGGCAAUGGUUAGGAUGAGUAAUAUUGGUGUACUUACUGCGGCUAGUGGAGAAAUUCGUAGGGUUUGCUCCGCGGUUAAUUAAGUAAAUGAUUAAAACAGUGGUUAGUCAUGGAUAAACUUUCAUGGCUUGCUAAAUACUUGUUUCUUGUAUGCUUUUAGUUUCAAUAAUAAAUAAACCAAUAGAAAACGACAUAAGAAAAUCCCAAAAGUGGGUUGAUAUGAAAAAAUGUAUCUAUAAGAUGUUUGUAUUCGAUUUCUUUUGGCUUUA